AUGACGCCCAGUCCCCCUGAUGAAGCGCUUCACUUCCGCGGCAAGACACUGACUCCGGAAAGCCCACGCCCACUCCAUAUCCCGGAGCCAGCCAAUAUCCCCGUCCUCGAGAAUCAAAUGGACCCCGUCUUCAACGAUACCUCCACUUAUGAACACUCGGUUUACGCGCAGACGCGGUUGCAGGGACAGCAGGGACAGGAUGGAUGGUCAGGAGCCCCUCAAGAGGGCCAGGAACUAGGACCCGGGCGGCGGCAGCAGCAGCAGCAGCAGCAGCAGCAGAUCCCAGAUAGCGUGCACGGUGUGCAGCCGCCGCCGACGGACCAGCCGAUGAAUGAUAUGGCUGCUUCGGCAGUGGAUUUCUACUCUACCAAUCCUGGGAUGGACCAGCAGGCGGGACACAUGAACGCAAACUUCCCUCUUUCCCAUCCCACCCCUUCCCAUGCAUCCCCGGUUGUCCCGGCUCCGCAGGGCUUCGUCCCAGCAAGCGACUUAGACAAUGCCAGCUACCCGGUCGAGUCGUCGAGGGUGCCCGAUCACCUCGAGGGAGCGACCAAGGCGGGGGCUGGCGCGCCCACGGCCGGGGUCAACUUCCAAACCCUUCUGGAUAAUCUCUCGCGUCCACCAGCACCACCCGCGGCCUCGGGCUCUGUUGCUGCGGCCUCCGGGGCCGUCCCUCUAGCGGACAAUUCGUCCUUCCAUCAAGCACCGACGGACAAGCUUUUGCGGUCCGAUCCCCAAGCAGCGCUGGAUGCCCAGUCUCCAAAUCUCCCUGCCCGCCCAACUAUCCAAGACCCCUCCCUUCCCUCCGAUUACGCCCCAAAUGAUGGCUUCGCCUAUCAUCAACCCCCUUCCGCCCCCACCGCUGCACCCCCCCUCGCCUAUGCAGCACACUCCAGUAACAAUGCCCAUCAACCCUUCCCUUCCACUGUCCCACCGGUCGCGGCCCCAGGUACGGAGUCCGGUAUGGGUAAUCUGCCCCCGCCACCCAUGCCGAGCUUCCAACAGACCCCUCCCGCGGCGCCGGAACCGCGAGGUUCCCCCGAGGCGCUUGCCCAAGCGUCAAAGAAAGGCCGCAGCGACAAGCCUGCCAUGCGUACCGGGAAGGGCGGGGAUGACGACUCGCCCUGGGGACCUGAGGUGCAAAAGAAAUAUGACGAGUUUCUCCACGAUGAAAGGGUUUAUGUGACCGAGGGUCUCUGGGAUCGGUUCCCCGUCGGAUCCAGACUCUUUGUUGGCAACCUCCCCACCGAACGAGUGACCAAGCGAGACAUGUUCCAUAUCUUCCACAAGUACGGGAAGCUGGCCCAAAUAUCGAUCAAGCAAGCCUAUGGUUUCAUACAGUUCUUGGAAGCAGGUGCCUGCCAAGCGGCACUGCAGGCCGAGCAGGGCGCUCUGGUACGAGGCCGAAAGAUUCAUCUUGAAAUUUCCAAACCGCAGCGAUCUACAGCCAGACCCGGCCCGAAUGAGCCGUCGCGGGCGCCUCAACCCCGCCGUUCAAGAUCCCCCGAAUUCAGCCGCACUGGACCUGCGCGGAACAAUCCACGCCCUGCCGGCGACCGUUAUGACCGACCUCAUGAGUCCAACCGGUUGCCAUUCAGCGACUUCCGAGAUGAGCCCUCACACCGCAGACGAGAUGAUUAUCGCCCUCCGCGGUCUCCCUCUCCGCGACCCUUCCGCCCUCGGGAUGGAUAUCGCUCCCGUGACAGGACUCCAGAAAGAUUUGACCGUCGUGACCGAAGACGCUCCCGUUCCCCCCGCUCUCCACGCUCGCCGUAUGCCCGCGAUCGGCGGUAUCGCAGCCCUAGCCCACGACCCCGUGGGAUUUAUGAAGGAGAAGCGGAUCUACCCGUGCCUCGACGGGCAUCGCGAGAUGUGCCCGAGGUCCAAAUCCUUGUUUUGGAGGAAGUCGAUCGGUCAGUUCUCUCCAAUGUCAAUUUGAUUACCCCCAUAACUGACCUGUCGGAUAGGAACUUCAUUCUUCACGUGGAGAAUGCCUUUCGCAACCGUGGCUUGCGGGUAGACGUGCUUGUGCUAGGUCCGCGCAUCCCACUCGGGGCAGCAGUCCACCGUCAAUAUGUUGAAGGCGUCCUGGCCGUUGUGCGACUUUCUCGUCCCAAUCAAUUUUCUCGCAAAAUCCCUCUCCAGAUUUUCGACCGAAGUGCCGGUCCAGAGAAUGUUCGGUUCAGUGGUGCGUAUCGACCCUCCUCUGGCUUUCUCGUCUCUGCUACAGUCACUAACUUUGAAUUAGACUAUCCGGAAGUCGACCCCAACAUCGCCGCAGAAGUCAUGUUCCAUCAAGCCCAGGCUAUGCAACGAGGCCCACCUGCUACUUUCGUACCCAACCCGGCUUUCGGCGUGCCUCCAAUGCAGGCCAUGCCCAUGGCUCAACCAACCUUGCCCGCCCUCACAAAUCCUCCCAACAUCGCCAACCUCAUCGGCUCCUUGGAUGGACCUAGCCUCCAGUCUCUCUUGUCGGCCCUCCAGCAGCGCCCGGGCCCUCAAUCCCAGCCAGUGUCGGCAACUCAAUCCCCCUUCUCCUCCCCCAAUCCGCCACCCCCUGCAGAUCUGGCAAGUCUCUUGACCAACGCCACUCGACCUCCGCUUCAACAUAACCCACAACAACCAAUUCCGCACUCACCUUUCACCCUACACCCUCCAAAUCUUCCUGUGGCACAGGCUCCGAUGGUCUCUGACCCAAACUUACUUUCGCUUUUGGCCAAGGGUCUCGGAAAUCAACAGCCACAGGGACAAGGUCCUGUUGGUUCAAACGUCCAGAACAUCAUGAACCAACUGACCAAAUGGAAACAAUGA